GUUUUACAUUUGAUCUGAUCGUUCACAGGUUUCCAUGAAUUUGAACACUUAACAAAAAAUGAAAGGAAGCACACAGACUAAAAUUAAUGAACUAAAAUCUCCAGAUCAUAGUUAUAAAUCAAGUAUUGGAAGUGUGGGAAGCAUACCCUGUGAGAAAUACCUUCAUUCACCUCAACGCGAUUUCUCACUUGUCAUCGAGAAUCCACAUGCAAGAGCAUCGAAAGGUAAAUACAUCUCAAAGGGCUACUCGGCGUGGUUAGUCUUCAAGAGUGCCGUAUUCCUCGUCUGCCUGACCAUCUGUUUUUACCAAUCAGUGCACUUCUACAAACAUUACUACACUUAUCCCUUGACAACGGGAAUCAUUGUUAUAAAUCCCAAGAAUUAUAAAAUUCCAGCAAUUACCUUUUGCGUCAGAAGUCCAUUUAAACUAAGAGAUUUUUGUAAAAAGCACCCAACUCUUUGUGAAAGACCAAUCGAUGUGGCUGCAUUUUGUGAUUUGUAUAAGCAUUAUUGCAAAGGUGAUCCAUCAAAAUUAACGAUUCCGAAAACAGGACAUUUCACGACAAAUCCUACCGGAGAUCCGGAACUUGAAAAAUUUCUUUUUCAUUCUUUUCGAUACUAUAACAUAACUGGUGGCGAUUCUCCUGUAAUAAUGACUCCUAAAGUGCGGAAGAAUGCGAAAUACACAGUUGUGGAAAACCCAUUCGAGCACGAAUUGAGACAAGGCAAAUUCAUGAGGUGUUUUUCGUAUAAUCUUCACCUUAUGAGUAAUACCGAGCCAGAAGUUGUAGAAAAUGAAACCAACGAAGAGGGAAAUCUGAAAAUUGUCGAUUUUUUAAUUUACUCACAGUUGAAAGACGUUUUCUUUGCAUGGUCACAGGACCAGGUCUUCUUCUCGGUCCAUUCUCCUUUUGUUCCUGUGAAUCCCCUUACAGAAGGAGAUAGUUUGGAACCAGGAUUUAAGUACAAUGUGUAUAUACGGUUGGAGGAAGAGCAUCUUCGACCCCCACCUUAUACCACUAAUUGCACGGAUUACAUAGAUCUGUGGAACAGAAAUAACAGAACAGGCGCUAGAUCUCAAGAAAUGUGCAAAACGAUUUGCUAUCUAUCAUACACAAGAAAGUGCUUCGGAUGUGAAAAAGCCAAAUUAAUUCUCUAUGACCCUGAGAAUCUCUGUCCAGAGCGUUUAAAUACGACUGGUUGUCCGUAUAAAUUUUAUGCUGAGGUUGAACCUUGUAAAAGAAGAUGCAAACCAAGUUGUGUAAAAUUGAAAUACCAUUACUCAGUAAAGAAGAUAGAAACCAGCGAAAAACGAAAAUUAUAUCACAGUCGGUGUUUUUGUUAGAGAUACAGAUGUCACCGUUUUGAAGCACAAUCCUUUGUAUGGAGCUUGGGAAGUCUUUAGUUACGUUGGAGGGUUGAUUGGCUGUUGGCUUGGCAUCUCAGUAUGGACGUGUUUCGGAAUUUCUGAAAAAAGAUUUCGGAAAGCUGCUGAAGUUAUACAGAAUUUCAGAAACCAAUCCAGACUAUCAGUUGAAGAAGCUAUUGCACUAAAACUGCAUAAAUACUAAAAUCAGUUUCAUUUUGAUUUUUUUUAUUUAUUACUGACUAUGCAAAUUCAUCUAAACUACCACAUUGUGUGUAUUGACUUGAAUGUAUGUGUUAUUUAUUUUUGAAUGUCCAUCAUAUUCUGGAUGUCUUCAUCUGUACAUAUGAAAUCAUUGAACUAGUCCAUUGAUUCUGUAAA